AUGCCCGCCUCCGAAAUCUCUCCUCCAGUCCCGACUGCUGCCGCGGCAACUUCCCCUCCGUCUUCGAGUGAUUCAUUCUCUCAACUAGAGCGCUCCGUACCCGAUCUCACCAUUUCGUCCUCUGAUCUCGCGACAUCAUCAACAACGUCGAAAACAAUAGUGACCGGCGCGGAGCCCGAGAAGCACCCAAAGGGAAAGCGGAAGAGGACUGCCGCCAAAGAUAAGAGCAUACUUGAGAAUGCCUACCUCGCGAACCCAAAACCAGACAAGGCGGCGCGUCUGGACAUCGUAAAGCGCGUUUCCCUCAACGAGAAGGAGGUUCAAAUCUGGUUUCAAAACCGUCGCCAGAAUGACCGGCGCAAGUCGCGUCCCCUCUCUGCACAGGAAAUCGCAGCUCUCCGUUACGGUGGAAUGCAGAUACUCUCCUCUGACCCUGCAACAUAUAGCUCUCCGGUCGGCGAGGAAAAGACGUCGCCAAUAGCCGAAGCUGCUGCUAUGAGUAGCGCUUCUGCGCCUAUGGAGACACCAGUCAAGCCUGUUCACACAGGCAUGAAGGACGCCGUCGACGGUUCUCGCACCGUCAGUCCUUCCCAUGGAAUUGGCAUUUCGGGAGACAGCGCUCUGGAGACCCCCUCAACUCAACUGUCAGACCCUGCCUCUCAGCCGCAGACCUCAUCCUCGUUUUCCUUCUCAAGCUCUAUAGGACUUAUGUCUAAGCGGUGGAACCCUGCAAGUUCCUUUUCCACGCCGUCGACGCUCGAUCGCAAGGUAGACGAUACUCCCAGAUCUGAGCAAUGCCCUCCAUCCUGCGAGUCAACCGUGUCUGCAGCACCUAUCCUUCCUCCCCCCCAAUCGCAUGUGCGCCUGUCACUUUCUCUUGAGGGCAAGGCGGAGGUCGUUUCGAAUGAAUCCUCGCCUCCGCGGUUGCAGCCUACGGGACUGUUCUCAGACUUGCCAGGUCUGCCGCAAGUCAAGCCUCGUUCUCUCCAACGUAGUCACAGUGCGCUUCCGAGUGUGACCCUACCUCCCAUAUCGGCUCUCACUGACACUCUCCCACCGACUCUAUCUCGCGGACGAUCCCGAGAUGCCCAUGCCUGGGAACUAUGCUGUGAUGCUGAUACCCGGGACGAACUCACUGCACAGGCAGAGAACGAGUCAAAUGGUUCGGCCGUCGCCGCAAUCAGUCUUCUACGCUCAACAAGUGGCAUCCUUCAAAGCAACAACUCAAAGCGGAACUCUCCAGCAAGCAAGCCGACACCCCGGCCCCAGCACGCUAAGAAGCCUAAGCUGUGCCGGACCUCAUCGAGUGUUGCCAGGAUGCAAACAUCGCUUGUUGACUGGCCGACGGAUGAGGAGGAAUCCGCAAGAGUCAAAGACAACAUGUUGGUGUCUCCAUCGGGUGACUCUGACAAGGAAAACUGGCUUCCGGAUGAAGAGGGGAACGCACGUCGCAUAUCGCCAGCCGGAGACCUCGGGGCGCCAUUGCCUGCAAUAGCUGCUAAAAAGCCCAACGCGAGGCGGACGGGUCGCAUUCUUCAGGACCAUCCAGGACCAGUCAUCUUCAGUGGCAACCGCGCCAGGACGAUGCCGGCUAUGGGUCGGAGAGAUUCUGGGAAGGACAUGUCCAUCUUCGAGGAUGACGAAGGCUUGUUGGCGCAAAAGCCUGCGGAUGAUGUUGAAAUAUUUAUGCGUGGUGAAGUCAGCCCGAGCAAAAAGGGGGACAUGGAUUGCAUCGCAGGCUUGCUGUCUUUGAGUCAAGGGAACUGGAGGUGA